AAUACAUUGAACAUAGAGUGGGAAAGACUAUUUUGUUUAAUUAAUUAUGUAUAAAAAAAAGUUUUAGGAAAACAAAAUGGCAAAGCAUUAUUUUUGUAAAUUUGAAAUUUUGAAAAAAAUUAAUAUCGUUUGUUUUCCGACAUUGAUUUAAGUCCAAUAAAUGAAACGAGUAUAAAAUUUUGAUUUAAUUUUAUAGAAAAAAUGGAAGAGGAAUUCGAUUGUAAGUCCUCAAUAGGACAAUUGAUUCAAAAUUUACAAAAAUUGUACAAAAAACCUCAAAUAGACCAUCAACUAAGCACAGCACUAGAAGCGUUUCAAGAAAAGGUCACUCGACAACAAGCUUAUUUAAACAAUGGAAUUUUCAAUAUCAAUUUCGCCGAAGCCGCUAUUUUUCUACAAAGCUGUACAGAAUUAUAUGGGAAAAAAGUUGAUAUGCUCUGGGACGAAUUAUUAGAGUUCCAUACGAGACUUAUCGAGUACGAUUGCGAACACGAUAAAGAAAGUGGAAAACAAUUAGAUCAAAACGCGAUAGAUAAAUUAGAAGAAAGGAGAAAUCGUUACAAGAGAAAAAAGAAAUUCAAAUUGGCUUUGAAACAGGAUAACAAAAAGAAUUUUGAGGAUUUUUUAUUCGAAGGAGUACAACAAACAGGAGAAAUCGUAGAAUCUAACGAAGUAAAUAACGAUUGUUUCCAAUCGUGGAAAGAUAUAGAACACGAAAGUUCCUUAAUCACAAGGAUUCCCAAGGCGGUUUAUAAACAACAGCUACUGAAAUACAGGAUUAAAAACUAUCGUAUAAUGAGGAGCGAGGAUUUCGAUAUAUUUGAUCCUGAAGACGGUGAGUUUAAUACAAAAUAUAGUAGAGUCCCUGGUUGGCAUGUCAUAGAACAUAUUUUUGAAUAUAACAACAAAGGGUUGCUACCAGAUAAAGAUAACGUCAUAGCUACUUUACGUUUGUCUUGUUAUUUGAGGAUAAAGUUCAUGAAAGACAACAACAUCCCUUUUAACACACCUUACAGUGAAUAUAAAGAUCAAUAUUUGAAGUUCAAGAAGAAAUUCUUUGAAGAAGAAGCAAAAAAAUGGCAGAACAUGCCUUUGAAUACUAUAGCGGAUCUCCGUAAGCAAUUCGAUUAUCUCGCUAAAAUGGAAAGGGAAAACGAAAAGAAAAAUAAAAUUUUUGAUCCUUGGUUUGGAGUUUCUUCUAUUUUGAAUAACUGUUGUGAUACACCCAAUUGCCCAGAUUGUUCAGAUACGAUUAUUUUAUCUGAUGAUAAUUUGAACAAUAACCUGAUUGGAAACAAUACGAAAAAGUUACCUCAAGAUAUUGCGGAUAAAACUAGACAAGAUUCCGGUUAUUUUGAAUUGGAUGAUAGUGAAAUGGAAUCUUCCGCAUGCGAAAAUAUCGAAGAUGGAGAAUCUUCAACAUGCAAACUUGGAGAUGAUACACUUUCCAAGGAUAUGUCUCCAAAACAUGGAGAAACCACAACAUGCGAACUUGGUUCACCUGAAAACAAUGGAGAUUGUGGACUUUCCAAGGAUGUAUCUUUAGAACAUGGAGAAUCUUCAACAUGUGAACUUUGUUCAACUGGAAACAAUGGAGAUUCUGGAUUUUCCAGGGAUGCGUCUUCAGAACAUGAUGAAAAUGAAGUAAACACUAAAAUUGAAGACAAAACAAGAACGAUUUUGAAUGGAGAAGAAGUUGAAACAAAUAAUAAUAAAGUUCAAUCAGUGCCCAUGAUACUGCCUGAUGAAAGUGGUGUUAUUGUCAAUGAUACGGUUGUGGAGAAUAUUACUGAAGAUAUUGAUAACGUGAAUGAUGCUGUUGAAGGAAAUCCUACAAAUGGUGAUGAUAACGACGAUAUUUUGAGUGUUAUGAGUGAUCAUGAUUAUUGUGGUAUAGCGGAUCAAGUAGCGGUUUUGAAAGAAAAUAAGAACAUUGUUAAUAAAAGUGAUAAAGAAGAUAUGGUUCCUUUGAAAUUGAGAUCUAAUGUUGUUCCAAGGGUUGGUAAUGUUAAAGUGGCGAAAAACAACAGAGCAAAGAAUGAAUUUAUGGGUCCACCGCUAUUAAAAAAAAGGAAGCUUUCCCAGAAACAGAUACAAAAUUUGGCCAAAAGCAAAAUAAGUCCUGUUAAAGAAAUGAAAUUCGAAAAGUUUUUUUCUUUAAAUUAUCAACCCCAAAUGGGAGAAGGUGAAGUACAAGAAAUUAAUUACGAAUCUGAAGAAGAAGAGGAGGAAAAGGAAGUGAAUGAUGAUAACGAUGAUGCGCGAUCAGUUAUAUCGGAUCAUUGUUACAGUAAAUCAUCGAUUCAAACAAGUCUAAAUUAUGAUAAAGAUGAUGUUUGUUCUCAUAUAUCAGAUCAUAAUUACUUUCAAGUUGAUGAUACAACUACACAGGACGAUUCCGGAUUUUUAGACCAUUCGGAACAUAAUUUAUCCAUGGAAACCUCUGCUAAUUCAUCAAAUCCAUUAUUGAGAGGUCUGGAACCGGAAGAUGUGGAAGAAUAUGAAAGAUUAUUGAACCAAAUACAAGAAGAUAGAAGAAUAGAAGGUGAAAAUCCAGAGGAUGAUUUAAAAGAACGCGAACGUCGUAAACGAGAUUUAUUGGAAUCGAAAGCUCGCGUGGAGGAAUGGAGGGAAACUAUCAUCCCAAUUUUGGAUAAUCUGAAGGAGAACGAUUUCGAUAUACACGAAUAUGGUGGUAAAAUAAUGGACGGGAUGGAAAUCGGUGAAACGAAAUUAUUUAAAAACGUCGUCGAUGGUAAAUCGUCAGCUGAAGUUGUGAGAUACUUCAUGGCUUCCUUACAAUUGGCUAACACUUACAAUAUUGAAAUACGAGGCGCCAAAAGUGGUGAAAAAUCCAACGAUACCUAUGGCGUUAAACUACUUAAUAAGGACAGGUACCACGAACAUCUGAAAGAAUAUCAUGCUCCUUCGGAAGAAACCUUCCAUGAGAGGAUAAAAAGGAUGAGGAUGUCGCAAAGAAAAAAAACAAUUCACCGGGAAAUAGAAGAACCGGUAACUAAACACCCAAGAAAAACGGGUAGUAAAAGAAGAAGAAUAUUUUCGACUGAUGAUGAUGAUGAAUUAGAACCUUUUGGUAUUUCUACUUCCACGGUUCCAUAUGGUAGUACAAAACGGUCGAAAUUUGACAGUAGUUCAAAUGUACCAUCGAAUGUAUUUGAUAACGGAAAUGAUUUGAACAUGGAUACUGUCGGUUUUAGUACUCCAUCAUCUAUUUCCGGUACUUAUAGAUUGCCUUCGAGUAUUGAACAUUUCGAAUCGGAAUUGAGUGCGGCGCAGUAUACGAAGCCCUUUAUUCAGAUACAUUCGACUCCAUUGUCUACGAAUGUAACUAGAACGGUGGAAACCGAUUUGUUGAAUCAAAGAGUACUUUUUAAAUAGAUCUCACUUUUUAAUAAAAUAAUUUGUAGUUUAUAGUAAAAUCAGGGUUUUUCUAUAGAUUAAAUAUAUUUUUGAUGAUAGGGUUGUAAAUAUAUUGGAAAUUUUUAGGAGUACAACGAUUGUUUUUUGUUUUUUUUUGGAUAAUUUAUAACACAAAAAUGAGUUUUCUUGUUUUUUUUUGGGGGGGGGGGUAAGUGAAACUACUUCUUUCAUGUCAGUAAUAAAAAAGUUAAUUUCCACUUUUUUUGUAGAUUUUUGUGAUCCUAAAUGAAAAUUGUAUAGUUGUAAAUAUUGAAAAUAUAAAAAUGUUUUUUAACUAGGGGGUUGUAAAAAUGUACAAAUUUGUAAAGAAAAAAUUGGUAUUUAUGGUGGGAGGAGUAUUUUUCGAAUUUAUUUUUAAGUAGAAUUUUAUAUGAAAACAAAAAAAAAAUUAUUAUUUUGAACGAAAUAGUUGGGUUAAAUAUUGAAAAAUUUUAUUAGUCUAAAUUAAUCGGUAUAAUUUUUAUUCUUCUUUAUCACACAAUUCUAAUCUGGUUUUUAUUUUUUUCUUAUAGAAUUGUUUUAAAAAUAUUUUGGAUUUAUUUUAAUUUUUUUACGUGUUUGGUCCGCUAUACUAAUAAUUCUCAUUUAUAAAUUUCUAAAAAAUUUUUUUGACUUUAUCAAUUAAAUAAACUUUGUUAUGAACCUUAAUUAGUAUAUUUAUUUUAUUCAUUAAUGAUUUUUUCUGCUAUAAAGACAUUUAGACUUUAAAACUGACCACACACGAUUUUUUUUUAACUGAACAAAUAACGAUAAGAAAACAAGAAAAGUGAGUUUUUGACACUGCAAAUAUCGAAAUAAAAA